AUGAGCGAAGAUAAUUAAUUGAAUGUUGAUAAAAACUAAAACAAAAAUAAUCUUGAGAAAAUAAUAAAGUUAGAUAAAAAGAAUGGGAAUUUUGAUAUUUAUGAUAAAUAUUCCAAACGGAAACUGAAAAUUAGAACCUCCUAGAAUAAUUCACACAUCAACAGUUCAUAUUAGAAUGAAUACAUUUUAUGUUAUUUUUGGAGACACAUUAAUUAAGUAUACUUCAAGAAAAUUGAUGAACCUGAAUAUGAGCGACUUGACUAUCUCAAGGCUAUCAAUGAAGACAUAAUACACACCUAAUUUCCUGUGAAAUAUGCAGAUUACAAGUUUUAUUAAGCAAAAUAAAUCUUAAAUAAGUAGUAUUUCUAAUUAGAAAAUGCCACUUAUAAGGAAAAUAUUUAAAAGCACAUUAGGCUAAGUGGACUUAUUCAUAAAGCCAAAGAUCUAAAAAUUCCUUAGAUUGAUAAAUUAUAUUAUAUGAAAUAGAAAUCUAUGGUCAAAUUUAAUUAAAAAAGUAUAAGUUCAUUGAUCUAAGAAAAUGCUUAGUUAGAUAAAAUAUUAGAUAAGUUGAAUGAAUAAAUUGAAUUAAGAACUGGCCAGAAAGAUGAAAUAUUCUUGUAGCUUUAAGAAUAUACUGCAGAAUUGCAAUAACUCAAUAAGUCAAAUAAAUUAGAUUUAUAAAAUUUGAAUUAAAAAAUUAAAUCUGAAUAACCAUUAAAUGUAUUUGGCACUUAGGUUCAUAUAUACAAGUAAGCACGUAUUAAUAAUGGACUCAGUAAAAAUUAAAUUAUCUACAACAAUGAAGCUUUACUCAACUUUUUAAGAAAAAGUUUAGAAUAAUUGGAUUACAGAUAAACAGCUGAAUCCAUUGUGAAAGUAGUAAGUACUACUCAUACUUCAAACGGGUAUACAUUUUGUGUAGCAUUUGAAUAAGCUUUAAAUUCAAACUAUGUUAACAUUUAGGAAGAGUUGAUGUAUGAGUUAGAUAAGUUAAGAGAUACAUCCUUAUUUAAGUUUUACAAUAUUCCCCAAAAAACUAAGUACUCCCAUAUCUCUCAAAAUUUCAUUGGGAUAAACUAAGUAUAGCAUAAUAGAUAGAAACCUAAUCCUUUAAUAAACAAGAACCUCACAAAAGAAUCUAAAAUAGCAUCAUAGAAUGAAAAUGAUUCAAAUUUAUCACGUUAUGAGGCAUGUCAUCAUUGUAAAAUGCUAUUUAGAGAGGAAUACCUUAUAUCUUGUAAUUAUCGAAGUAGUACUAUGGGAUUGCCAAUUAUAACUUCGUAAAUGACAGAUUCCUAUUUGUUCUCUUAAUUGGAUGAGGAAGGAAUAACAAGUCGAAGAUAAGUUCCAAACAGAAAGAAAACAGCCUAUAGCAUUUAUUCAAAGAAAAGUAAAUUAUUACCUAAUCCUAAAGAUGGCGAAUUAAUAUGUCAAAGGAAAUUCUGUAGAAUGUGCUUAAAGUAGAACUAUGAAAUUAAAAUUGAAGAAGUAGUUUAGAAAACUGAUUGGGUUUGUCCCUUUUGUUAAGCCAUUUGUUUUUGUUCAAGAUGCCAAAGAAACGAUAUCAUGAUUAAAUUGAAGGAUCUGUUUACAAUUUGUGGAGGUGAUCUCGACUAAUUGUCCAAAGAUUCAAUUUUUGAGAAAUAUGUUAGACCUUUGACUGAAGAAUAAUUAUACAAAAAGAAACCUACUCAAUUAUAAAGGACUGGCUUUUCAAUUGUAAAAUAAUAAUUGAGCAAUUUUAAGGAUAUGCAAACCAUAAGACUUGAUUUUGAAAAUCUUAGAUUAUUGUGUUCUUAGAUAAUGAGAAGAGAAAAAUUGAAAUGGAAAUUAUUAGAAUAAGACAUACUGAUGUGGAAUGAAGAUGUCAAAUCAUAAUAACUUAAGAAUCAUAAGAGCACUUAGAAGAGUAAAAAGCUACAAUAGAAAACUAAUUAAAUCACAAAGAAAUUAUAGAAGUAGGAAAUUGAAAAAGUUCGUGAAUAUUAACCCUCAUCAUCUUCUAGUAGUAGCGAAUAUCUCUUAAGUAGCGAAUUCGAAUCUGAAGAAAAUCAAAAUGAAAUUUAGAAGAAUAAAUAGAAAACUUAAAAAGAGAUCAAUCCAAAAGGGAAAAAUUAGAAAUAACAAAAAUUAGUUAAUUAGAUUGCAUAAAAUUAAAAGUCUUUACCUGCUAAAAAUCUUAAGAGAGAAGUUGCUUAGCUUUUAUAAUACCAGGAUACUGAUACUUACAGUUAAAUUUUAAAAAAAAUCAAAAAGGAUAAAACAAAGAACUCAUCCAAGAGAUGA